GUUGAGGCAGAGGAAGUUGUAUGCUGAGGAUGAUGUCAGCAAAGGAACGAGAGGCGUUGAGUUACACGGUGGGACUGCCCCCACCCUCCAAUCCCGACAAGAAAAAAAAAAGAGCCCUGAAAGGGAUCCUGCAAUCUGCUUCUAUAGAAGCCCAGAGCUGGAUUGUAUGAAAAAGUGUCUCCUCGCUGCUCCUCUGGACCUCCGGAGAGAAGUUCUGAUCUGCAAGAAUUUGGAUUAAGUCUUCUCUCCCCCCCCCCCUCCUGUGUCAGUCAUCUGCGGUCUGUGCAAUGUCUGCCCAAGCAACCAGGAGUUCGCUCAGCCCCAACAAGGUAUUCCUCCGAAGCUUCCCCGGGGUGCUGAGGCUCCUGCAGCUCGCCACGGGCGCCGCCGUCUGGAUCGCCAUCGCCACCAGCAACUUCAACAACACGGUCCGCUUCGCCCUGUUUGUCUUCGUCUUCUUCUGGCUGGUCACCCUGCUCCUUUAUUUCGUCACCCUGCUGGACAAGCAGGAAAUGGUCCCGUUGAUCGGAGGCGACCGGUGGCUCCUCACCAACCUGGUCUACGACGCCCUGGCCGCUGCCCUCCACGUCGCCGCCACUGCCAUCAUCGUCGUCACCAUCGAAAGCAACUCUUAUUGCAACAUCCCCAACUACAAGAGCGCCUGUUACUACAAGACCUACGUGGUGGCCUCCGUCUUCGCCUGCCUCUGCUGCCUCUUUUAUGUCUCCACCACCGUCUGCUUCUCCGUCAAGAAGUGUAAAGGGAACAAGAGCGUCAUUUAACGUUUUUUCUUUUUUGGCGGAGAAAUUGUGUUUUUUUUUUUUUUUUGUGUAGCCUCGGGGUGGAAGAAACUGACUUCUCUUUUCUGAGCCACACGCGAAUGACGCGUUCCAGGUGUGGCAGAGGAAAUAUUCAUCUCUGAUGAUGAGUCCUUUUAUGUAACAUUGUUACUUUUAUUUUGUGUCUUUGUAACGCUUGUCAUAGUUCUGAAUACAACUCCAAAGAUAAGUUUUUGGUUACAGAAUUUUUUAUUUUUUUUCCCCUAUCGAUUAAAAAACUGAACGCAGCUUUGAUUUGGGAACCUUUUACACCAUCACAGUAUUAUAUUUGAUGGCAGAGAUUGAUCUCUGUGUGUUAUUUUAUAUAUUUUAUACAGUAGAUGUAUGUAACGCCUUCCUUCUUUCCGUGUUCCUGGGAAAAGGGGGUGGGGGGAGUGCUUCUACGGCUUUAAGAAAAAUAAACGACAAAUGUAUCAACCGUC